UUUAUCCAGUUAUCUACUUCGAUGCAAUGAGAAACAGAUAAUGUUAUUAAUUUCUUCAAUUAUCUCCGUCUUCCCUCUUCCUCAUCCUUAACACAUAAUUUGAUAAUUCUAGUUCUGUAAGAUAAUUCUCUUUAAAAAACUAAGAAUAGUGUAUUAUUCAUAGUCGAUUUUUAUCACAAGACAAUUUUAAUAUUUCAUUUAUAACAUUUACAUACAUUUUUCAAAAUAUGUUGAAAUAUAUACAUAAGGAGGGGUCGAUGAAAAAUUUAUUUAUGCUAAAAAUGACGAAAAUUGGCUCAGAAAUGUGACGCGACAUAUAUACAGAAGAAAUGCCGAGGCACAACGUGUGUACGAAGAACGCGGCAUUGUUCACAAAAAUGUACUCUGCUCGUAGUCUAGCUUGCAUUCCUGUGCCGCGGUUUCGCGGCUGCUAUCGGUCCGCGAGCACUGCAAAAGAUCUGCAAGUUGGCCCCGUCGCGAACAGUCACGAGUCACGAGCUGUAAGAGGUUAUAUGUUUCGCUGAUGCAUGCGCGGUUGUCGAGUCACGUUGAACGUUGAACAGCUAAGCAGUCGUCAUGCCAGUCGGAGAUACACGUACGACUGUCAUUCGUCGUGACGUCGAUCUCCGUGUUGUCUCGGCGACGUUGACCUACUGAAAAUGUAAGUGUGAACGUGCGAUGCUCACGAUUGAUAAUAAAUAACAGUAAGCCGGAUUGUCGCUAUAUUAGCGAAUAACAUGAUGAAGGGGGUUCUUGUGUCGUCAACAAUGCCGCUCGCUCGUCGUGUGUUAUAUCUCGAUCUGUACGAUAUGAUAACCUAAACCUAAACCGUAAUGUGGCGAUGUUCAGAACGAUUAAGCUCUCGAUUCAAAGCUCGAGCUCCCCUGUCAUUGGACAUUUGCGACGAACGCGCGAGCGUCUCUCGCUCGUGCGAGAAAUCCCUAAAAAAACGCCGUUCGAAGACAAAAAAAAAGCCGAGAGAGAAACUGCUGUGACUCGGCAUUUUACGCGUCAUUCCGCGCGUUUCGGAAUCAUCUGUUGUCUGUCGACAUCUCGUCUCGACGCCGUUCGCGAAUAUCUGUCGUUAUCGAAUGAUCGCGAACAAUCGAGCUCGCUCGAAAGUCCACUCCGCUCUUCGCGCUUCCGCUCUUCGAGAAAACCGGGGGAUCGCGUUCCCUCUCCCAUCCUCCCAUCCCUCUCUCAAUGUUUGUCUCAUUCUCAUGCUUUUAUUAACAUCCCUUCGGCGAACAGUUCGCGCGAUAACGGCGGAGUAUAUGCUCGAGAAUAUUUACAUAUUUACUCGCGUGUAUUCGUUCGUCCGAGCGUGACAGAAUCUAACCUCUCGGCGUGACGUCUCUCGUCUCGUGUCGCCACGUUUCCGAGAGUUCCAUCUCCGUCUCGGUACUCUCGGCUUGUCUCGCACGUUCAGCUCUUUGACAUGCUUUCCGAGAGGAGAUUUUCGUUCUGAGAGGAAGGAGCGGGUGAUCCUCUUUUUUUUUUCCGUACCGAGAGGUGUCGAUCGAUCCGCGACAUCCCGGUGCGGCGGUCCUCGUGGUUCCGACGAUCCGUCGCCGCGAGGAGGCAUUUUUAUCUUUGAGGACUUCACUUUUUACCAACACGCAUACCACCACGUGAAUCCCACACGUGCCUGUCGUCCCCGCGAGGCUGAUGCCAUCCCGCGGAUGUCGCACGUGUGGCCGCGAAAGAGAGGGAGAUCGAGAUAAACAUGGUUAGUCACACGUAGUAUUAUUAUUUUUACUCUGCUACGGCGCGAGACGCCAGUAUCCUCUUUUUAGGUAUGUUUCUCGGCUUCAUACAUGGACCCGUAGCCGCCUGUAAAAAUCACGCCCGACCUACGCUCGGCCGAAAGAUAGGGACAGAAGCCGGGUAGAAUUGACCGUCUUGCCUGAUAAUCGCCUUGCCCGGGAAGGCGUUCGUUUCCAAAAGUCCCCGGGGCAAACAGACCGAGAAAGCGUUCCACAGAUGAGUGUGAUUUAGUGAUAAAACAGUUCAGAUAUCACAGUGACAUGUUCUGUUGGGGCAGUACUAUUCAUGGGGAGCUGGGUUUGGGUGGUAUUGAGGAUGAGAACAUCUUCAUACCACGGGAAGUGGAUUUUUUAGAGUCAAAGGAUGUUGAGGAAAUUGCUUGUGGGGAAAAUUAUACUGUAGUUGUGACGAAAAAUGGUCAAAUGUAUUCCUGCGGUAACAACGACUAUGGACAGCUUGGCCAUGAGAUGCCAAGGAAAAGGUUACAAUUGAUACCUGGCCUGGAUGCAUUUGUAUUCAAAACAAUAGCGUGCGGCAAUUGUCAUACUCUGGCUGUGAAUGAGUGGGGACAGCUUUUUAGUUGGGGUUGUAAUUUGAAUGGCCAACUAGGAUUAGAUACCGUCAUAAGUAUGGAGCGUGUUCCACGUAUGGUAAAGGCAUUGGGUACAAAUGUGAUAGUGCAGAUUGCGUGUGGCGUGGAACAUUCGAUUGCUCUGACUAAUGACGGAGAUCUGUACGCGUGGGGUAGCAAUAGAGAUGGACAAUUGGGAUUAGGAUCCGAUGCAUGUGCUGAGAUCAAGCCGAAAAGAAUUACCUCAUUAAAUGCCAUACCAAUUGCAUUUGUCGCAUGUGGCGGUUAUCACACUGUAGUUAUAUCAAAAUCGGGAGCAAUAUUUUCAUGGGGGAGAAACACCUUUGGACAACUAGGAUUAAAUGAUAGGAAGGUGAGAAAACUACCAUGCCAGUUGCGUACUUUGAGAAAUGCGAAAGUAUGUUAUGCGGCCUGCGGUGAGGAAUUCACGGUGUUCUUGACAAUGGACGGUGGAGUAUUUACAUGUGGUGCUGGAAUGUAUGGUCAAUUAGGUCACGGCAAUAAUACAAAUGAGAUUUUGCCACGACAAGUUAUGGAAUUGAUGGGUAGCACUGUAACGCAAAUAUCUUGUGGAAAAAAGCACACAUUGGCCUUAGUGCCGUCUAGAGGGAAAAUUUACGCAUGGGGUUUGGGAGGCGCUGGACAAUUAGGUAAUCGUGUCUCAGCGAGUGCUACGACGCCACAAGUCGUUCUAGGACCAUGGUCUUCGCCGAGUGGAUCGUCAGUGAUACUCGAUCUGCACCGUAACUCCCAAAUCGACUGUGUUGUUAGACAUAUCUUUAGUGGAGGCGAUCAUUGUUUUGCCACAAUUAGUCUGAAAAAAGAUAAUAUAGAACCAGUUGACUUAAGAAUAUUAGGACCGACUUCUCAAAUUCUUACAGUGACUGAGGAAAAACUAAGCGACUGUCAGAAAAUACUACCAGGUUCACCGAUUAAUCAUGAAUUAAUGACGUAUCUAGAAACUGUAUUCAAAAGUCAAGCUUGUAUAAACGCGUCCUUCUUACUCAGUAACGAGGCGCAUUAUGGAUGUUCGAGCAAGCAUCACGGGGUCGAUUUCGAUUACGCUAUCAAAUUAUUCGGAAUUAUCUCAGAACUGGACAACAAUACAAUUCAAGAACUGAUUUUUACAUGCGUAACUGAGAAUCUGAUACCAUCGUUUAGAGAUAAUCCACCUGAUGUAGAAUCCCUGAGAGUGUACUUAACGCUACCGCUAUACCAUCGCUUCGCGAAUUUGUCUAACUACAGUGCCUUGCAAACGCCAUUCAGCAAGGCAGUGUUCAACCUGAAACCCGAAGCAUGCAGAGUCGUAGGUCUGUGGUGGAGCAUAGCCCCGUCGUAUUAUUUUGAGAGACUUGUGAGAAUGUACAAGUCUGUAGUGCUGCACUUCGUAAAACAAUCGACGGCGGACAAGAUGGUUAUGUGGACUGAAAGCUUAGAGUAUGCUUUACGACUGUUAACGUUAUUGUAUAAGAUAAAUGUUACAAGUUCGCGAGAUAUACGAGUACCUUAUGAGACCUUCCACUUGCCAGAAUUGUCAGAAUAUGUAGAGAUUAGACGCGACUACCUCAAAUGGCUGACAGAAACUGAUCUGUCUUAUUAUCGUAAAAUAUAUUUCUGCAGUUAUCCUUUUUUGUUCGAUGCCGAGGCGAAAACCACGUUGCUCCAAACCGAUCAAUCUAUACAGAUGCAAUCCGCGAUGAAUGAAGCGAUGUCACGAGUUGUGAGAGAUUUGAUGCUGGGUACAGCUUUCUUAGAAUGUAACGCCCAGACUUAUAGUCAGUUUGUACAUUUACAUGUAUCACGGACUAACAUAGUCAACGAUACUCUGGAACAGUUGUCUAUGUACGAUUCUAAAGAGUUAAAGAGACCACUUAGAGUUAAAUUUCGCGAUGAAGAAGCUGAAGAUGUGGGUGGCGUGAGAAAAGAGUUUUUUAUGCUUCUUUUCGCGGAAAUUCUUGAUUUUAAAUACGGUAUGUUCAAAGAAUAUGAAGAGACGAGAACGAUUUGGUUCAACUCGGACUCGUUGGAGGACGAAAUUAUGUUUUCCCUGAUCGGUAUUCUCUGCGGCUUAGCUAUUUACAAUUUUGUAAUUAUCAACUUACCAUUUCCGCUGGCCUUGUAUAAGAAACUCUUGGGAGAAUCGGUUGGGUUAAAUGAUAUUAAGGGAAUGUCACCGACAAUAGCUAGAAGUUUAGAAAGUAUUCUUGAAUAUAACGAAUCGGACUUUGAAGAAGUAUUCUGCUUGAACUUCGGGAUAAGCAGGGAAGUAUUCGGCGAAAUAAAAAACUUCGAAUUGAUACCCGAUGGUAAUACAGUUCCUGUAACAUUAAAAAAUAAGCAACAGUACGUGGACCUUUACGUGGACUAUAUAUUGAACAAGUCAGUAGAGAUGCAGUUCAAAGCGUUUUACAAAGGUUUUCAUGAUGUAUGUGGUGGAAGGAUGUUGGAGCUGUUUCACAGUCAUGAACUGAUGUCGCUUCUGAUCGGCAAUGAAAAUUAUGAUUGGGAAGAAUUGGAGAGGAAUGCCGAUUACAAGGAGGGCUAUAGCAAAAACGAUCCAACCAUUGUACUCUUUUGGCAGGUCUUCCACGAAUUGCCCUUGGAAGAAAAAAAGAAAUUUCUGCUUUUCUUAACGGGUAGCGACAGAAUUCCUAUACAGGGCAUGAAAGCUAUAAAAAUAACGAUUCAGCCAAUGACUGACGAACGUUUCCUACCGGCCGCGCAUACGUGUUUUAAUCUGCUUGAUCUGCCACGUUAUCAAACUCGUGAAAGAUUGAAAUAUAAAUUGCUGCAAGCUAUCCAACAAAAUCAAGGAUUCUCGCUUGUGUGAACUGAUGAUCGCGACACGCCUUUCUUAUGACUCGUAAUGUACGAUAGCUUUAUUUGUGACACAAAUUUAACAAAGACGCAAAAUAAUCACGAAAAGUAAUGAGUUCUCCAAAGCAAUGUUAAUAUCGCGCAUGAUUCGUCUGUGCGUCUCUCGUUUCGGCUUUUUUAGUUUAAAAUUAGAAAAAAAGAAAAA